CGUGCGUUGAAGAAAGAACCUCCGCUUUGACCGAGAUCUGCGGGUCCUCUCCUGCAGCUACCUACCUAGUUGCCACGCCUUGUGCUUUUUGUUCCUCGUGUGCCCAAAAAGCCAUGGACCGACCAGGUAGGGCUUUAGGAGAGGUCGAACCGCAAACCGUGCAGAACUUCAGAGAAGAUCCGCUGUCGCUUCAUUGUCUGAACGACGGAGAGAAGUCACCAAACGGGUUACAGUCCCCUUCGGUAACAACCUCCACCACGCCCACCGCCUCCUCCACCUCCAACGCCGAACCACAUCCGGACCGCGCUCCUACACCCCCUCCUGCGGCGACGAAGAUGUCCAGCCUGGCCGGCGCAUCUUUUGAGCGCGAGGCUUCGCCUCCCCUAACUCUGAGUCCGACCUUGGCCAUGGACGCUGUUCCGCAGCUGGACCGGUCCGUGUCCACUGCUUCGUCCAUGUCUUCGCGACGAUCUUCAAGCUCUCGGCUGUCGGACCCGGGUCUCACGUCCACGAAACGGCGAGGUUAUAUGCGCCCACAGGUCACAACUUAUUCAGAGUCUGCCAAGAAUCGGGAGAGCGUAAUGAGCUUGGGUUCGAUCGCGCAUCUGCAGUACUAUUUUGCGCGGACAGGUCUGCUAGAUGGCAAGGGGGCCCAGAUCGCACGCCCGGAGAUGCUGCGCCGAAAGUCAAGCAAUAUCGGCAGCGGUUCAAAUUCACGUGCGGUGUCGACGAGCGCGACGGUUCACGCGGACACACCUGGUGCAUAUUCGCAAUCUGGUCUGCUUUCACCUACCAUGGCAGCUUCUGCUUCUGACUCGUGUGCAAUAUCGGACGCAGGGCUCACCGACAGCCCCAUCGACCAAGAGGCCGAAAUCGAUUGGGAGUCUGAGAUGAUGUUGCCGCCGACGGUGAGCACAUAUAACCAAAAGCCUAUCUACGUUCCGCCGCCCCCCGAUCUGACGAUGCUACGGAGAGAACUUACUGAGGCGUUGGAAGACGCGCUGAAGGUGCUCAAGGAGACGGACAAGAGCCCCGAUGACACAGAGGGCUGGCAUGAGAUUCAGGGCGUUCACCUGCUGGACGUAAUCACACUUGCCAUCCGCGCGGCGCGUAACUACUACACCGCACAUACGAAACCUCAACGGCUCUACCAGUUCAAGUCUGAGAAAGACAUACGGAACGAUCUUUACAAGACUCUCGAGAUUCUUAAGCGGAUGGCAAGUCGAAAUUUUGCGGGCGGUAUACGGCAAGGCGAGAAGGUCGAGAUUCUGACGUGGAUUGUUGGCAUAAGCGAGCUUAUACAGUCCGAGAUUGACGAAGAGAAGCGGGAGCAGGAGGAGCGAGAAAAGCUGUGCUGGCGUACAGGCGACUGGACGGGAAGGGAGCGAGAGCGGGAGGAGCUCUUUCUGCGCUCAUUUAUGGAAAGGCCCGAGGAAAUGCCUAUAUGGACGGACCCAGCGGAUGCGGGGGAUGCCAACCUGCCGACGCCAUUUUUGCGAUUCUUCCAUGACGGUUUGCGCCUUGUCCAGCUGCACAACGAACUAGUGCGUAAGUCGCGGCGGAACUUCGAGGAGAUACGUAUUUUCCACACAGACACGGCGAAACCGUACCGUAUGGCCGAGAACUUACGGUACUGGAUCAAAGCGGCCCAACUAAGGUGGGAUGUCCGAUUGAAUAUGGACGUUAUGGCCGUCGUGCAUGGCGAGGACCCGGCGGCAUGGCGUGAGUUUGACGAAACGAUAUUACGGUGGUGCCAGCGUGUGCGUGAGGAGAUAAUGACUGAGUGGGAGGGAAAGCUUAGCCCGACGAGGAGAACGCCACCGACAUUGAAGGUAGAACCGCAAACACCAGAGCGACCGAGGACUGCGAACCUGGAGGUGCCAGCGGCAGAACUGACUCCCGUUGCGUAGUAUUGAUGGACGGUCAGUCCUGGAGGAAGGACAAGUACGGAGAGAGAGGACUGGCCAGGAACGUAUAUUUAUCCUCGCAUUUUCUUUUGACUGCACACGUUUGAGUGAAAUGAUAGAAGCAGAGGGUUUUGGGACGGGAAAUAGUGUGCGCAGAGCAGGUCAUGCGUACGAUAUGUUUUCAGAGGGACCAAGAGUGACCUAGCUGGUUUUUUUUUUAAUCUUUUUUGGAUACUCCCGGAGUGAUGAAGUUAUUUUGUUAGUUUUCUUCUUGUUAGCUUCGCUCCACAACAGAUUCUUGUAUAUAGUUCUUGCGUAACGGUGACGGAAAAUUCCGCUCAUGUGCGCCGCCUUUAUGUAGCACUGGCAUGCAAGGCAAAGCACAAAGGCCGUGUUUUGUUCUAAACAUGACAGCGUUCUUAAGACGUGCCUCAUGUUGAAACCAAACAUUGUUACCAAACGGUUCUGACGGCU